AUGGAGGCCUCGCCCCUCACGCAGCAGACCAGGCCCGAGACGUUCACGCCAAAGAUCGUUCAGCUCUACGAGACCCUCUUCAAAACCCCCGACGAUGUUUAUGUGGAGCCCUCUGAGGGAUUCUGGAGGGAGUUCUUUCUCCUGCCCCCAGAUAGGGGCCGGUUGCAUUCCCUGCUGGACGGGUUGAGUCCUGACGAGACGUUGAGUCUACAGGUGCGUGUCCAUUGUGGCGACGACCUGUCUACCACGGCCGAAAUUGACCAUAUGAUCCAGACACAAACAAAGCAUCUAUUUACAAGGGCCAUUCGUGAGGCGUCUUCCGGAGUAGCUCCUGUCGACUCUUAUGCAUUAGAAACUCUGACGGUCUUUUUGACCAGCAUCUUGAGCAAAAAGUACACGAAUCCUAGCUCUGAUCUCAUUACAGUCCUUGCAGGCCUGGACGAAGUGGAUCAUGUCAUUUCCGAGUUUGUGGCUGUUUUGGAUGGCAUUGUGCGCAAUGGCAACGGUCUUGAGCUCCGUCGUAAAGCAAUCAGGGUAGCCAUUGCCAUGACCAGCGGGGCAUACAAAACCAGCCUUGUCUCCUAUUUCACCCAUCGGGAUCUCUUUCCCUCGCUGAUGAAGUACGUCAAUGAUUCAGAGACUCCAUUAGACAUCUUCGAUCCCUUCUUGUUGCUGGGUCUAUUGGCAAACUACAACAAAUUCGAAUUCCAAAACCCCUACCAGCUCCGACUCGACGACUUUGUCAACGAAGCAAGCAUCCAAAAGAUUGUCAAGGGCGUCGGCCAGACAUGCAGUGGUCUGCGCAACGGCUACGUCGCCGUUCAGGAUGAUGUACCCGAAGGCUGGACCUUGACCAACACCCUCAUCUUCUUCGGGCUACGAGCUCUCGCACCUGGUGCAAGGGACAAAGCGAAUCCACCCACGGCAGAGGAGGCAAAAGCAAUGUUUGCCGAUCUCCCCGCACAAGAAGCCGCCAUUCUAAUGGCCACCUACGACUUUACAAACUCAAACAAGCUCUUCGGGUACCACCUGGUCCACAUGAACCCGGAGAAAAACGAAGAGUCCCCAUUCUCCAGCUUCCUCUCCCUAUCCUCUUAUCUCUUGCAGCACGCAUACCGGUCCCCGCGGGUAGCGCACUACGCCGAACUAAGCCUCUUCACGCUCCGCAUCCUCGUCGAAGACCCAACUCUCUGCAAACACAUCUGCAGCGAAGAUGGCAAGCGUCGUGUCCGGCUGUGCCGGCAGCGCCAACCAUAUCUCCCAGUCGUCAGCGGAGACCGCGUUCUUGCAUCCGUCGUCUUCGACGCUAUGAUCGAUACUAUCACCCAUAACCUCCGCAGGCGACUGGACGUCAACAUUUACAGCCACACAAUCGCAAUAACCCUCCGCCUCCUAACAUACCUCUCCACCAACAAAAUCCGCCUAACAUACCACUGGUCCGAACUCUGGCGCACCCUCCUCUCCCUAAUGCGCUUCCUAACAACCUACGCCACGGACCUCUCCUCAAACCCAAAUAUCCAAACCCUAACCUCCUCCCUCGCCGAUCUAAUGGCUUUCUGCAUCUCCGCAGGCGACACGUUCCUCCCCGACCCAUCCUCCUACGACGACCUCUUCUAUAAACUCGUCGAAACGGGGCCCGUCAUCUCCAAAUUCCGCGACGUCUACGGCUUUGCGAAUACCGGUACCCCUGCACGCCCCGGCUCUGGUCCCGCAGAUCCCACCGCGAAAAAUAUCCAUGCCGCUGCAGUCGACACACUCCUAUCCGUCUCAACACAUUUCUACACCCUCCUCUUCCAGUCCGAUGGGAAAGAUCCCGCGGCGGCAGCGGCGGCGGCGGCAGCGAGUCCCAAGGUUGACGGUGAACCUACGCCCGUAGCGCUGCCGUCUAUCAAGAAGAAGAAUUUGAGUCCGCGCGAGGUUCAUCGCAUUAUUAAGCAGGGGUAUGAUACGUUGAGUAUUCAGCCGCCGGAGGGGUUGACGACUUGGUCGCGGUGGAGGGAGACGGAGUGGAAGGGGGAGUUGAAGAGGGCGGCUAGGUGUGCGGUUGAUGAUGCGAGGCAAUUGGUUUCUUGA